AUGUCAAUCCCGCCGUCUUCAGGUCCUUCUCCAUCAUCUUCAACGUCUCAGUUCACUUACGCAGCGAAUUCUUCCUAUUACGCGCCUUACCAACCUCCACAGCCUUACGCAGCACCGUCUCCUGCUCCAGCGCCGCCGGUAGUACCUAUUCCCGGAGCCACUGUCUAUCCGCAGCCUGUUGGUCCGGUUCCUGCCGUCUACGCUUAUCCUCAGUACCAGCAGGCACAUCAAUUGUUCCAGAGAGAUGCACAGACCAUCACACCAGAAGCCCUUGAGAAUGUGAAAGCUGCAUUGGCAAGUAGCGAAACCGAACACAAAGCGGAAACUAAAAAGAGAGCCAUUCCUCGUAAAGCUGCUGGACAGUCUUGGGAGGAUCCUACUCUUUCAGAGUGGCCAGAAAAUGACUUUCGCCUGUUCUGUGGUGAUCUUGGGAAUGAGGUGAAUGAUGAUGUUCUUUCCAAGGCAUUCGCUCGUUUCCCCACCUUCAAUAUGGCCAAGGUCAUCAGAGAUAAGCGGACUGGUAAAACUAAAGGUUAUGGGUUUGUGAGUUUCUCAAAUCCUGCUGAUCUAGCGGCGGCCCUAAAAGAAAUGAAUGGUAAGUAUGUUGGAAACCGUCCGAUUAAACUAAGAAAGAGCAGCUGGAAAGAGAGAACUGACCAGGAGGCUGCGGAAAGACAAAAGCAUCACAGCAAUAAGAAACAGAAGACAGUGAAGAAGAGCAUACUUCACAAGUGA